CGAGCUGUCGCGAGAGUUGGUCGUCCGGGAGUCGGAAGCUGCUCUCACCUCCGGCCGAGGGGCGGGCUCGCUGCGGACGGCCUUUCAUCCGCUCUCCGCUAGCUUAGCGGCGCAAGAUGGCCGAUAUCUCGCUCGACGAGCUCAUCCGGAAGCGCGGGACGGCGACCAAAGGACGGCUCAGUGUCAGACCAGGAAUUGGAGGCGUCCGGUCUCGAGUUGGGAUCCAGCAUAGUCUUCUUAACCAGCCAGCUCGCACAGCCACCUUCCAGCAGAGAUUCGAUGCCCGACAGAAGAUUGGCCUCUCAGAUGCUCGGCUCAAGCUGGGUGUCAAAGAUGCCCGGGAAAAGCUUUUGCAGAAAGAUGCCCGGUUUCGGAUCAAAGGAAAAGUACAGGAUGCCAGAGAGAUGCUGAACUCACGAAAGCAGCAGAACACUAUGCCCCAGAAGCCACGCCAGGUGGCUGAUGCUCGGGAGAAGAUCAGCUUAAAGAGGAGAUCACCUGCUACGUUCACAAGCCCCCCCAUUGGGACUGUGACCCCUGCUCUGAAACUCACCAAAACUAUCCAGGUUCCACAGCAAAAGGCCAUGGUGCCACUUCAUGCCCAUCCUGCUGGAAUGAGGAUCAAUGUUGUCAAUAACCACCAGGCCAAACAGAACUUGUAUGACCUAGAUGAAGAUGAUGACAUUGUGGCACCUGUUCCUACUAAGCAGAUGAAGUUUGCAGCCACGGGCAGCCUUGUUCACCACAUGACUGGAUUGAGUAGUUCCAAGCUGUCCAUGUCCAAGGCCCUCCCUCUCACAAAAGUGGUCCAGAAUGAUGCCUACACUGCUCCUGUUCUUCCCUCCUCUGUUCGAACCAAGGCCUUGACUAACAUGUCCCGGACACUGGUGAACAAGGACGAGCCUCCUAAAGAGCUGCCACCUGCUGAGCCUGUGCUUAGCCCCUUGGAAGGCACCAAGAUGACUGUGACUAAUCUGCACCCUCGAGUCACAGAGGAGGACAUAGUUGAGCUUUUCUGUGUGUGUGGCGCUCUCAAGCGGGCUCGACUGGUCCAUCCUGGAGUGGCAGAAGUUGUCUUUGUGAAGAAGGAUGAUGCCAUCACUGCUUAUAAGAAGUACAACAACCGAUGUCUGGAUGGGCAACCUAUGAAGUGCAACCUUCACAUGAAUGGAAAUGUCAUCACAUCAGACCAACCCAUCCUGCUGCGGUUGAGUGACAGCCCCUCAGUGAAAAAGGAGAGUGAGCUGCCUCGGAGGGGCAAUCCUGCCUCUUCCAACCCUCCUGCCGAAGUGGACCCAGACACCAUUCUCAGAGCACUCUUCAAGUCCUCGGGGGCCUCUGUGACCACACAACCCACAGAAUUCAAAAUCAAACUUUGAGGAAGGGAGCGAGGCAGCCAGAAACAGGGCAGAGGAGGGUGGCUCUGUUUCCCAAGGCAAAGUUGAGACCAACGGGCCGUCGGACUGAAGCCCCCUGAACAAGGGACAAGGUACCAGGGAGAGCUUCCUCACUGGACGAGACCCACCUUUCUAUGUUGUUCUUUACCUUGCCCUUCUGUGCGUUCCGUUUCUGUAGUAUGUUUGCUCUUUCCUCCAUUCAUCACCAAGGUAGGCUGUGUUUGUUGGUGUGCCUCCCCUACCCUCGGCCCCUAGCACAUUAAUUCCCUUGCAAGGGUGCACUGUUUCCCUAGGUGGGUAGUCUUCUUGUGGCUCCAUGGGACACAGAGUGCAGGAACGUGUUGGAAAGACUGCGGGUUGUUUUGUUUUGUUUUGUUUUGUUUUGCUUUGCUUUGUUUUGCUUUUUUUUUUUUUCAAGAGUUUUCUUGUUCUGUUGAAGUUUUCACACAAAACGGAAUGAAUGGGACCUCCUGCCAUUCGGUGAACACUAGGUCAGCUGGGGGCUGCAUCAGGUCACUGGUUUCUUGUGUUCCCACCACUAUCCUCUCCAGUCCUGACUGCCAAUGUGCAGCGCUCUAUGAUGGGCAGGUAGGGCAGCUGUGUUGCCAGCUCUUGGCUGGCUGUGCUGUUUUGGGCAGUGUACAAGGCACCCCAGCAUUCAUGGUCCCACGUUAGUGUUGUGCCAAAGGCUCAGUUUUCGCAGCUUCCAAUGGGAGUGAGGAAGGGACCUGUGCCUGCGUUAGUUCUCACCUGAGAGAGCAACAUCAAAGCCUGGUUUUGGUGCAGGUGCCAGCUCCACAUUGGUUGAGCCUUUUUUCAGGUUCUACCCCGGCUGCAGCACAGAGGACUCGGGGAAGAUUGAUUGAAUCCGUGCCAUUGGCUGGCUCUGGCUCUGCUUUUCUAGCUUCAGUUAUCUACAGAACAGCAAUCGGGGUUGCCCAGGGCAUUGUCUCUGCUAGUGUAAGUGACCCACACUGAUGAGUGCUCUGAUUAGAGCUGGCCUAAGAAACAAGCUGUUGGGUUACGUUCUACAGUGUGCUCCUCCAUUGUUAGUGUGGGACGAUGGCACUCGGGCGGGUGCUCAGUGUCAGGUAGCAGCAUUCCAGAGCUGGUCAGUAGUCCCCGACAAUGGGAACAGAAGAUGCUAAGCUGUCAUAGCUGGAGCAGUAUCCUGAGGGUGCACAUUAUCGGUAGUGUUUGUUGUUAAGGGACAAGCCGAGGAAGUAGAGGAAGCUGAGGAACCGUGACCCAUUCAAGGCUAGCCCAGUAAAGAGAACUUCAACUAAGUCUUAUUUUCCUGAGUUAGAUCUGCCCAGCUGGAAGGGUCUUUUUGAGUCUAAAUCAAUCCUUCAGUUCAAAGGUUUCCCAGCAAAGGAUUCCAGGAAUGACAUCUAGGGUGUCUACUCCUGAAGAAGCCUCCUUCUCUUAAACCCUUCUAAAUGGGUACAAACGUAAUUCUUCUCAGAAACUGGAAGACAUUCCUCUGUGUUUGCCCCUGCCUGGACUAAGAGAACACUAGGUCUAGACACUAGGGCCUAACUUCUCUGCCACUGGAACAGUGGGCAUGCCUUUGCUUUGUGUAGAGUAGGGCCGACUGAGGCUUCCCUGGUUGCCCAGCUCGUUUUGAGCCAGGAGUGCUGUGAUGACACACUUGAACCGAGUUAGCCUCACCCUCUUGGCCAUAUGGUACUUUGGGGAGUGCGGUGCUUGCCCCUCCUGCAUUUCAGAAUGUCAUCUUGGGAAACAGAAAAGAAGGUAGGCCAACCCUCAUGUCCCCCACUCCCUUGCAUUACUUCUUUGUGUCUUGUUCAGGAGAGAAAGACAUUCUGGGAUGGAGGAGCUUGUUACUUUCCAUUUCUCAAUAAAUGUUUGUUAUUCCUAA